CCCUCAUCGUCUUUGAUAACCAAGCACCCUGACCCACAGCAUGGCGUCGGUACUGCCUCCCCUUGAUGGUCUGCACAGAAGGAGUGUAAAACGGACGCGCGACAUCUUUGCGUCGAGCAUCGACGAAGUUGUGCCGGAUGAGGAGCGCAGUACCCGCAUUCGCUUGUCUGUCAGGAUUAACGAUGAAUUCCGAGACUUCAAGGAGCUCCCCGCAGCGCUGAUUUCACAACAAGGCCCUGUCGGCCCCUCGCGGCCAAAGGAACAGCGCAAGAUGAUCACAGCAGGACCCGCCGACAACACUUCGCGCAUGAUAGCGACCAUCGACAAAACACCCAUAUCUCAACCCACCACGUUCUCUUCCUCGAGCAAGCUUUCGCAAGCGCUCACGCUCCACAAGACGACACGAACAGUAAAACCGACGUACCACCCCCCAUGGAAGCUCGUCCGAGUCAUCUCCGGGCACUUGGGCUGGGUGCGCAGCGUCGCUGUCGAGCCGGGGAACAAGUGGUUUGCCACGGGCGCGGGCGACCGCGUCAUCAAGAUCUGGGACCUCGCGUCGGGCGAGCUAAAGCUGUCGCUGACGGGUCACAUAUCGACGGUGCGCGGGCUGGCCGUGUCUGCGCGCCAUCCGUAUCUGUUUUCGUGUGGCGAGGACAAGAUGGUCAAGUGCUGGGACUUGGAGUCAAACAAGGUCAUCCGGCACUACCAUGGGCACUUGUCCGGCGUGUACGCGCUCGACCUACACCCUACGCUGGACGUGCUGGUCACCUCUGGACGCGACGCGUCGGCGCGGGUGUGGGACAUGCGCACGAAGGCGCAGAUUCAUAUCCUCUCCGGACACACUGGCACGGUCGCAGACGUCAAGUGCCAGGAGUCGGACCCGCAGGUGAUCACGGGGAGCAUGGAUACGACCGUGCGGCUGUGGGACCUGGCGGCGGGGAAGACGAUGACGACGCUGACGCACCACAAGAAGUCGGUGCGCGCGCUCGCCAUCCACCCGACGGAGUACUCCUUCGCGUCGGGCUCAGCGGGAGGGAACAACAUCAAGAAGUGGAAGUGCCCAGACGGGACGUUCGUGUUCAACUUCAGCGGUCACAACGCGAUCAUCAACACGCUGUCGGUGAACGCGGAGGGCAUCUUCUUCUCGGGCGGGGACAAUGGCUCGCUGACGUUCUGGGACUACAACACGGGGACGCCGUUCCAGAACAUGGAGGACGUGCCACAGCCGGGGUCGCUGGAGGCGGAGGCUGGCGUCUUCUGCUCGACGUUCGACAUGACCGGGACGCGUCUCAUCACCGGUGGCGCGGAUAAGACCAUCAAGAUCUACGCUGAACAGGCGCAUUGAGUUUGAGAUGGAAUACGCCGUGGAACGGCCGUUGUUCGUGUUCGAUGUAGCAUCAGUAUGUAGCUAGUACUCCUGACGGCCGCCCUACCCUACAUGGGUUUGUCUAUGGACUGUUUGCGCACUGGAGCAAAGUGCUGAACAACCCGAACUCGAACUUGC